UUGAAAGUAAACUGAUAAGCUGAACAACAGCAGAAGUAUUCUUGUGAAACUAACUUUCCACUGUUAAUAAACAGUCUGCAGUCCUAUUUUCUGUUCCAACAUCUUUUUUUUUCCAUGUCUCAUCAGCUCUGAAAAUGGAAGAACAUUUCUACACCUUAAAUUAAUUGUCAGCAUCCUUGAUUAAAUUUACAUGGUCAAAAAGAGGAAGAGCCAAAAUUCUUAUAAGAAAUAUGCAGCUGUAAACUGUCGUAAAAUGUCUUAUCUAGCCCAUGAGUACCUUGGUCAAGGGCACAACAGCGUUAAUCCAGCCAAGAUUUGAUUGGAGGAUCUUUCUGUCUUGUCUUCAAGUAUCCCUGCUUCUACACUGCUAGACAUUGGAAGAAUAUCCCUGGAACAGUCCACCAAGAAGCUACCUCUGUUGUGUGCUCCGGGCUGGGCACAGAACUGGGGCAAUUUAGGGGACCUUGAGAAUGGACGGAGAAGUUAGCAGGCCGACAUGGAGCAGGCAGAUAGAGUUUACUUUGGCUGGGAUUGGCUGUGCCGUCGGCCUGGGAAAUAUCUGGAGAUUCCCCUAUCUGUGCUACAGGAGCGGAGGAGGUGCUUUCCUGGUUCCCUACCUCCUCAUGUUGGUAGUCCUGGGAAUUCCUCUACUCUACAUGGAGCUAACAUUGGGACAAUAUCUGAGAAGAGGGCCUGUACUGGCCCUUGCCAAAGUUUGCCCACUACUUAAAGGGGUUGGCCUGGCGACAGUGGCCAUUUCCUUCAUAAUGUGCACAUACUAUAACGUCAUCAUCACAUGGAGCUUGUACUACCUCUUCAGCUCCUUCCAGAGCCCUUUACCCUGGGAGAAUUGCAACAACACCUGGAGCCAACCAAACUGCACCGAUCACACAACCAACAGCUCCUUCUCCACCACCGCCAGCCAGCAGUUCUUCAAUUACAAGGUGCUGGAGCGGACCGGGGGAGUGGAGGAGACAGGGACUAUGCGCUGGGAGCUCUUCCUGCUGCUCUUGGUGGCCUGGAUCCUCAACUACCUCUGCAUCUUCAAGGGGGUCAAGUCCACGGGGAAGGUGGUUUAUUUCACUGCCCUCUUCCCUUACAUCAUCUUAGUGACGCUGCUGAUUAACAAUGUGCGGCUGCCGGGGGCCCUCACAGGGAUCGAGUUCUUCAUCAUCCCAGAAUGGGAGAAACUCAAGUCAUUGGAAGUGUGGGUGAACGCUGCAGCUCAGAUCUUCAAUUCCAUUGGCAUCGGCUUCGGCUCCCUUAUGGCUAUGUCCAGCUACAAUGCCUUCAACAACAGUGUCCUCAAAGAUACCCUCACCAUCGCCAUUGUCAACUCCCUCACCAGCAUCUUAGCUGGAUUUGUGAUCUUCUCAGCUUUCGGCUAUAUGUCACACCUGCAAAACAUACCAGUCAGCAACAUUGCCGUGGAUGGUCCUGGCCUUGUGUUUGUGGUUUACCCACAAGCCUUUGUCACAAUGCCGGUGGCUCCCCUCUGGGCGGUCCUUUUCUUCUUCAUGCUCCUCUGUUUGGGUCUGGACAGUCAGUUUGCCAUGGUGGAGGUGAUGGUGACCAGCCUCCUGGAUAGCUUUGGUGCCACCAUUCUGAAGUAUCUGAAGCACACAGAGUUCCUUGUCCUUGUGGUCUGCGGCACAGCUUUCCUCCUGGGAAUCCCUCAUGUGAUGCAGGUGGGGAUUUACGUGUUCCAGCUAAUGGACCAUUACACCGCCAUCGUGUCCAUCAUGUUCCUUGCCUUUUUCGAGGUGGUCGCUGUUUGUUGGAUAUAUGGGGUAAAGCGACUCUCUCAAAAUGUCGAGGAGAUGACUGGAAAGAAGCCGAGCAUUUUUUUCAUCGUGUGCUUGACAGUGAUCUCGCCACUGUUAGUUUUGAUAAUCCUGGUGUUUUCAGUCAUUCAGUUUAAACCAGCCCGCUAUGAGAGUUAUGUCUACCCACCGUGGGCUCAGGGGAUUGGCUGGAUCAUCGCCUUGGCGUCCAUCAUCUGGAUCCCUGUAGGGGCUGUUCACACACUGUGGGUCCUGCCUGGCUCCUUCAAACAGAGACUACAAAAGUCAAUCACUCCAUUUGCGCUUGAUAAAGAUGCAAAAAGACCUUAUUAUUUGGAGAAACAAAGAGGGAUAUGCUCAAAUGUAUCAGUUUUGUCCAUUGACCCCCUGCCAGUGAAAGCUCCAGUUCAGACCAAUUUAUGAACUCAGCACACCCUAACCCUGAAACCCUGUCAAUAUGUGCCAUGGAUUCAUCUCUUUGCCAAAAGCUGCCUGGAGCCCUGUGUCCUCUUUGCAAUGAAUGACAAUAUGGCAGAUGCAUAAAUCUGAGUGGUGAAUCACUCACUUACAGGGAGUUUACCAUUGACUGUUUUUUCCUCACCUAAAAAAAAAUAAACUAACAAGUACUGGAAAGGCGUCGGUCAUCAACCCCAUGAAUAAAAGGACAGUAAACUGGAGCCUUUAUGUUUGGACAAGGAAAAAUUACUUAAAAUGUCAACAAAGAAGAGGUACCUUUGCAUAAAAUCAUAGCAGGUUGUUGAAACAGCACAGAAGAAAUCCUGUGUUGUAACAAAUGCAUAUUUAGAGUGUAACAGGCUCUGUAUCAAGCCUGGUCUUCAACAUUCAUGGGUCUAUGUCAUGGCAGCCACUUUCUCAUGCAAGUCAGAUUUGACAAGGUCGUCCGCUGAGUGACUCAUUUUUACCACCAGCCUAAUUUUUAUGCAUAUGUGAAACGAUACACUACAGAACAAGCAAAGCUGUAUUUUAGGCAAUUAUCCUUCUGAGGUACCACAGGGUUUAUACUUUGGGUUUCAGUCAGUCAGUAUGUUUCAGUCAGCAGCUGAGGUUAGUGGUUAGAAAGGUACUCAAACCAUUUAGUGCAAUGUGUGUUAAUCACAGACUGAUUGAAAGGUAUUGAUAAAUCAGACAGAUCUGUAGGCAGUGAGGACAGGGGUUCCUAUCACUCAAGAUAGAGGCCACCUCUAUGCUCUGAUCCAUUAUGUGUUAACCAAACCAACCCCCUCCCCUCAUCUUGUAAAACAGAUUAAAUGGAUGCUAGAUCAAUAUUUGGAGUCACAGCCUUGUACAUAACCAGUAUGCAAACUCCAGUAGCCUCACUCUCUGGUGAAACCUUAAGGCAGCACUUCCUGGAUGUAUCAGUUGUGUCCAAUGUAAAACAAUACACUUUUGCAGGUUUUCCUUUUAAUCUGCAUAUUGUCUGCCAAGUUUUUGCUUGUUCUGUAUAGGUAUUACAGUUAGCAAAAAUCUGGUACCAGUCAUUUAUACUAUGUAAGCAUGACUAGCAAAAUAAACUGUCAGCACUGCACUAAGGUAAAAAGUCAAAAUCAAAGUCCAUAGCAUGACUUUUCAGAAAGGAUCAAUAAAUUGAGCGUAUUACACCUGGAAAA